ACUAAGGAUGGGAUAUUUCUAUGCCAACAGAAAUAUGCCCGUGAUCUUCUAGAAAAAUAUGGAAUGGUCGAUUGCAAGCCUAUGUCAACUCCAAUGGAGGUUAAUGCAAGGUUAUGUUCAGUCGAAGGCAAAGAUCUAGAAGAUGUGACCAUGUACAGACAGUUGGUGGGAAGUCUUAUCUAUCUCACGUUAUCCAGACCAGAUAUUGCUUAUGCAGUGAGUGUGAUUAGUCGAUUUAUGCAAAAACCGAUGAAACGUCACCUGGAGGCCGUACGUCGGAUAUUAAGGUACGUGAAAGGAACCAUUGACUAUGGAAUCCUGUACCGCAAUGAUAAAGAGAUUGAAGUUGUCGGAUACUGUGAUGCUGACUAUGCUGGUGAUCUCGACACACGUCGGUCAACUACGGGUAUGUAUUUAAUCUGGGUUCUGGAGCAGUCUCUUGGUGUAGCAAGAGACAACCAACAGUGUCAUUGUCAAGUACGGAAGCGGAAUAUAGAGCGGCAGCUAUGGCUACACAAGAAUGUUGUGUGGUUGACGCAAUUACUCAAGGAUCUGCAUCAACCAAUUGAUCGGGAAUCAAGUUAGCUUGUGAUAAUCAGUCUGCGAUACGUUUAGCGGAGAAUCCUGUUUUUCACGCAAGGACAAAACAUGUGGAGGUACAUUAUCAUUUUGUCCGAGAGAAGGUUC